GCACGGGCAAGAAGCAGAGGGCCGCCAAGCUGACGUCCGGACGAGGCUCCCCGUCGGAUAAGAAGAGCAAUUCCUUCGGCAGCGCGUUCACGCUGGGCAGCAACUCAGAGGUCAAGAGCCUGGAGAACAUGACCAAGUCGGAGCUGGCGGAGGCGCUGAAGGCCAAGAACCGGCGGAAGCGAUACGUGCCGCGCCUGGCGCCCCCCUCGUGA